AUGUCUACAGGACAGGCUGCAGGACCACUGAAAAUCCUGGGCGUCGAUAUCAAGUGGAUCUCUCUCACAACAUUGGCACUACAAAACGCAUUCCUCACCAUCAUCAUGCAUUAUUCGCGCAUCUCCACCUCGCCAUCUCGAUCAUAUUCUGCUGCAUCGGCCGUCCUCUUGAACGAGUUGCUCAAAGGAUCUAUCAGUCUAAUGACUGCGCUCAAAAGGAUCGACAACGAGAUGACAAAGGAAGAGUCUCACUUGCGAAGCCCAGUCGUCAAAAGCCGUACCGGGACGCCAAACAUGUCGGACCAUCAUCAGGGGUCAAUGCUGAGCUCGCCUCGGACAGGGAAAGCCGAGGUCGCUCGAAACUUCGUCUCGGCCUACUUUAGAGCGGAUAGAUGGAAGAGGUUGUCUAGGGAGAUCUUCUCGCCGGAUUGCUGGAAGCUGUCCAUUCCUGCUAUCCUCUACGUCAUCCAGAACAACCUGCAAUACACGGCGGCUUCCAAUCUGGACGUCGCGACCUUUCAAGUCACUUACCAGAUGAAGAUCUUGACGACGGCGUUCUUCAGUGUCUUCAUGCUCGGUAAACGGUUGAGCACCUCGAAAUGGCUUGCACUUCUCCUGCUCGCUGCGGGUGUCGGUAUCGUUCAGAUCCAGACCGGAUCUGGUGCCGGCUCGUCGCAUGCCUCGAGCAUCGUCAAGAAGGUCGAAGAGCUUGCAGCCGAGUCCGAUAUCGUUGCCGCGGUCAGCGGAGCCGUGCACGAGAUGAGUCCUUUCAAGGGAUUCGUCGCCGUGUGCGCGGCCUGUGUCACCUCGGGACUCGCUGGAGUUUACUUCGAGAUGGUGCUCAAAGGCUCGAAGGCCGACCUUUGGGUCAGGAACGCGCAGUUGUCGCUGUUUUCUCUCGUCCCUGCUCUUCUUCCCAUCCUUCUGGGCUCGGCGACGAGCAACUCUGGCGGAGGUCUCACAGGGAUCUUGCUCGAGCCGUUCAAGAAUUUCAGUGCUUGGGCGUGGGGUACGGUGGUUACUCAAGUCCUCGGCGGUUUGAUCACCGCACUCGUGAUCAAGUACUCGGACAACAUUCUCAAGGGAUUCGCCACCUCGCUCAGUAUCAUCCUAUCCUCGAUGGCGUCGGUAUUCCUCUUCAAUUAUCACAUCACGCCGGCUUUCGUCAUGGGAAGCUCGAUCGUGCUCUCGGCAACCUUCAUGUACAAUCAGCCAGCGACCAACAAGCCCAACCCGCUCGUUGCAGGCCUAGCCCACAAAAUUGCCGAAGCGACUGGAGGCAAAGUUGACCCAUCAUCGAGCCGAAGCAGGACAUCGGUCGCUGUUCCCGGCAGUCCGAUCCCCGCGAAUGCUCCCAUCAUCGGAGAGACUCCCAAACCUUCGAGAUCAUCUUCAAUGGUUUCUUUGCUGGGCUUGGGACAAAGCCUGAGUCGGGCGCCUACACCUUCGCAAUUCAACGGACAGUCCCGCACGACUACACCGUAUCUCACCGCGCACGCCACACCCAACGUUCUGUCGCCCUAUGGCUCGACUCAGAAUCUCACCGCGCUCGGUACCAACAGGCCCCCGCCUCUUCAGCCGCUGUCUCGAGCAAAUUCAAAUUACAGCAUACGCUCCGUGUCUGGCUCCGAAACGAGUCCAGGCUUCGGAUCGCUCCAGUCCUUCACACCAUCAACCAGCCCCACGAGUGCAAGAGAUCGCAAGCAGUCUGGUCGCCACCGUCCAGUGCUGGAAGUCAACACCGAUGUCGAAAUCAAGACCAGGUGA